AAAUUAUAAUUAAUUAAUAGUUAUAAUAAAAGAAUAAUUCUAACUAACUUCUAACUACAAUAAGUUAAAAUUUUAAUAAAACUACGAAAUUUGGUGGAAAAGUUCCUUCGAUUUUUUGAAAAGUGAUAAAAAGUUCAUUUUAACGUUGAGUGUGAUGAGCCAGGAACCGGAAGUGACGAGAAACUGAAGUGCAGACGAUGGAUCUUCGACUCGGGCUGUCGCUGUUGCUCUUGCUUACCUAUUCAUCCAGCAUACAAUCCAAGAACAUCAGGGAUGGCCCGAAUCCUCGAUCGCGGCACACCAAAAGAGCCACUCCCAGUGAAUAUUUAAAACCUCCGGCUCCGGUUGGGAAGAAUUUUAAUCAUCAUCCUUCUACAAAUUUAGCACCCCCACCUUUUAUUCUUCCACCUCCAGGCGCUUUUAGAAAUGGAAAAUUUAUCGACAACUCAAGACAUCCCGGAUCGAAUGACUCGAGGGGUUAUUUUUCCCGAUUAAUGAGUUGGCUGAAUCCUUGGUCCACUGGUAAUAAUAGUCCUUUACCUGCUCAACAAACACUAAGAAACCCAUCAGCAUACCCACCGGAGGAACAAAGAUCAGUUCCAUUACAAGGACCUUUUAAUCCUGACAGACGUUGCAAUCCCUGCAAUGAAGAACCUUGGAUUCCAAUUCGAAGUAUCGUCAGUCAGCCUUUGAAUUAUCCACAAAAUUACAAUGAUGGUCGUCAUUUACCAUCAUCACCAUCACACGAGAUUCGUCAACCUGACUUCACCUAUUCUCCACUGCAAAAUGUCUAUCCACCACCAAUAUUCACCAGUCAUCCUAUUCCAAAUCCGCACAUCUAUCCGGGAGCAAUGCCACCACUUUACAAGGCAACGCAAUUCUCCUCCGCCGGUAGUGACAGUCAUUCGGCAUCAAAUUUCCAAAUUGGCAAAUUUGCUGAAAAUCCUUUACCCCUUGACAAUGGAAGUUCCAGUACAAACGUUCAAGUCAAAACUGAAGGUCAUGUUAGUGAACCGGAAGUGGAUGACUCGCAUAAUGUAAGAGUUAAUGUUCAAGACGAAGGUCUUCUAUCAACAACAGACAGAAUUCAAGGUCAGGAGAGUCAAAUACAGUCUCAAGGUCAAGACACUAAGGUUCAUGGGGCAAAAAUACAAAGUCCUCCACUUGACCAAGAACAUCACUUCGAAGGACAAUUUCAAGGUUUGUUUGGACAAAAAAUUCAAGGUCAAGGUCCCGAUGAUCCAAAUCAGAUCAAACAUCACCAUCAGAAAAAUUCACCACUUGAAAUAAUACCAUCAAUCGGAGGGCAAGUUUCUUCUGAACAAAUUCAUUUUGAAAGAUCACCAAUUAUAGAUCUUAGUGUGUCCCCGUCUCCAUUACCUCCAUUAUUAACUGAAACUUAUUCCACUGAUGAAUUUCGGGAAAUUUCCACAAAACCAUCGAGUUUAAUUGAUUAUCUCGUCGCUGGUUACGAUGACAGAAUUCCAAUUUCCCAAUCAAGUGUUACGAAUAGAAGGCCAAUUAUUGACACAACAGAAUCGGGUGAAAUUGAUUAUUAUAAUUCGCCUCACAGCCAAGAGGAAUUGGGCUACAAUGAUAAGCAACCAUUUUUAGAAUCACUAAUGGAAUCCUAUUAUAAUUUUAAGAGGCAGGAAGAAGUUGAUUCUAAGGUCAGUGCCACUAAUUCGGCGAAUAGUGGUUUCAGUGGUGGGGAUAAUUUACAAUUUACUGCACCAUCGAGUCGGACUGGGAAAAAAAAUAAACAGGUUCAAAUAAUAAUUCCCUACACGUCUCAAUUUACACCGAGUCCAUUUCAUUCGUCAAUUAUCGACGAAGUGAAUAGAGGCGAAAUAGAGCAACAAUUACCAAGAAAAGUGCCUUCUGAUGUUCAUUACGAUCCAUUUGAUGAGGGUGUUGUUGCUCAGGAGUCAAAUACAGUUUCAGUCACGUCACUUCCGGAUAUUCAUUCCACAUCGUCGGCUCCUUUAAAGAAUAAUUCUAUUGACGUUCAGAGACUGCAGAAAAAUAUUGACAACUGGACUAUUCAGGAAUAUUCCAAAGGACUAAUUCCUAGUACAGUUAGUGUGCCAAAUGCAACUCAUCCUCAUCUUUCGCGAUCGAAAAAUAUUCCAAACGAAUAUUUUUUGACGAAACAAUUGAAUAGUACUUCCGAAGAAAUUUAUGAUGACGAGGACGUAAAAAGCGGUUCAUCAGAAUUUGAUUUCGAAGACUAUAAGCAAAUGACGACUUUCGAAAUAUCUCGCGUCACUCAGGAACCAAAAAUGACAAUAAAAAAUUUCCAAAGUUCAAAUGACAAUGAUCAAAAACAAAUUGAAACCAAAGAAAAUGAAGUUUCGCCCUCGAGGAAUGAAAGUGACAUCAAAGAUGUUUUUAAAAUCGAGACAAUAUUUGCCAAUGCAACGACGAAUAAGAAGGGGGAGAAAGUUUACGUCGUGACUCCACUGCCAAUUGGCGAGAAGGAACUGAAGAAAGCUUUUGAAAUUGAACUGAAGAAAAAGCCAAAGAAGAAGGAAAUUGAAAAAAUCGAGAGAGCCUAUCAGGUACUACCUCAGGCGGUUAAUAAUUUAGCGGUAGCGUCCACUGGACCCGAGAGUGUUCCCCUUUGGGGCAUUAUGGAACACGAGGAGUACGCUUCUUCUAAUUUAGACACUGAGACGCAACUUCCGGUUCUCUACACUGGCCAUUCGAAGGUUUCACAUGCGAGACGAUGACGUAUGUAAAUACCAGUCUUUAAUAAUGAGGAAAAAAAGCAAAAUUAAAAAUACGAAGAAAUGAAAAGCAGGAAACUGCGCGUGUGACACGUAUAGAGUGAUUCCUCCAUUUACUACUGUUACUGUAUUAUAACUGUACCUGGAGUAAAGGUAUAACUAACUGGAAGCCAAAGUGAGAACUUGACUUCCUUUUUCUCUCGGCGUUUUAUACUUAUACAUAUAAGAUCGCAAAAUCAGGUUUUGCUAUUUUUCGCAGAAUUGCAUAUACGAGAGCAAUUCAUAAUAGUCACAAUUUUCAAAUGGCGUAUAUAGUAUAUUACGUGUGUUUUCUAAUAAGGGAACCCCCCCUCCCUUUUUUCCGCCAUUAUAUGCGCGAAAAUUAUAUAUAUUACAGAAAAUAAGUGCCGCUGUUAAAAUUGAAAGUUAUUUCCUCAUUCAAUUAUAUCUGCAAUUUUACCCCAUAUUAUCUCAUUAUUAGAAUUUAUUUUUAGUGAGCAAUUGAAAGUUUGUUUCUAUUAUUGCGUUUAUUGGCAUUUAGUAUUUUUCUCAAACACUUACUUUUUCUGUAUUUUUUUAUUUAAAAAAAAAAUUUUUUUUUAUUUUAAUUUUUUAAUUAUUUUUUAUUUUCUUUUUCAUUUUUGAAUGAACUAUUUUCUAAACAUCUUAAGUGGCGAAAAUAAUAAAAGAAUUGAGACUUUUUUAAAUUUUUUUUUAAUUUUCAUAUUCUUUUUGAAUUAAUUAUUUUCUAAAACAUUCUAAGCGCAAAAAUAAUAAAAAAUUGAGACAGUUCGGAGAGAUGGUUUUUUUGUUUUGCAAAAGCAAAAAGUGGCACUUACAUAGACCAGCUGUCGCGGUCGGUUUAUAGUCAUUAUUUAGGAUCAUUAGAUAAACGAUGAAGAGUCAAUGUGCGACAAUGUGCAAACUCAUCGAGAAUGAAGUUUCCUCUCAUAUAAUAUUUAUUAUAUACAUGCGAUUAAAAGAAAAAAAAAAAAAGAGGAAAUAAAAAAGGGGGGCAGAAGUAAACGUGAAACUAUCUCGCGAGAAACGGGACGAGAGAAUAUUCGCGAGAAAGCCUAUUUUAUUUUUGCGAAUCAGUAGACACAAGAUGUGACCCCGAGAAACAAUUGGAAUUUUUCCAUUAUCAUUUAAAUUCACAACUUUCGAUUCUUUCCUUCUUUUAUAAUUUUAAUUUUUUUUCAGCAACAUUGAAUCUUGAAGCAUUGGAUAAAAUUUCAAAAUUAAAUCAUUUUUGUUAAAAUAAAAAUUAGAAAGUAAAAGUUUAAAAAA